GUGGCGCAGGGGUGGGUCGAUGUCCGCAGGCACACACACACCAUUCCAGCCCUCACCCGAAAUCGCCCCUCCGCGCGCACGGGGACGAGGGGAACGCGAAAUCUCAUGUCUUCUUUGUCUUCCAGGCUCGAACGGAGACAUCUCCUGGAGGCCAAUGAAUCACAGACCUUGAGGCCUGGGAGACAGGCUAAAUUACAUAUAUGUGUAAAAAAGGGUCUAUGCGUCAAUGCAUGUUUUCUUGGUUAUGUGUGUGUAUAUAUAAAUAUAAAUAUAUAUAUAUAAACCCUGAGACUCAUACGUGAUUGGGCGGCAAAACGGCAACACAGGAGUUAUUUAGACAGCCAGGGUUUUAAACAUCAUUUGUACAAUGUUUAAAAUUUUGUAUACAUUGUAGAAGUGCUUCCUAUGGGUUGCCGUGAUUUCCUUGCCCCGUCUAGGACCUACUGUGGUGUUUGUCUUCACUAGAGCCUGCGGUGGAAAAAAAAAAAGUGAUGCUUCGAGGCUGGCAGUACCUCUGCAGACCCACCAGAUGGCGACUGUGGGAAGGAUGCCGAGCAGGACGAAAGAGGAAAAACUCCGUCAGGAGGGGUCAGGGCUUCCUGUAUGGAGGACCCGUCCGGAACAAUGCGCAUGCGAGGAGGUACUUCUCUGCUGCAAAGGGUUUUGGGGGCUCGGAUGAAAAAAAAGGAAUCCGCGUUAGGAGCAGCCACCAGGUGCAUGACCAACUGUGGUGUUUGUCUUCACGAGAGCCUGCGGUGGAAAAAAAAAAAAAAAGUGAUGCUUCGAGGCUGGCAGUACCUCUGCAGACCCACCAGAUGGCGACUGUGGGAAGGAUGCCGAGCAGGACGAGAGAGGAAGAACUCCGUCAGGAGGGGUCAGGGCUUCCUGUAUGGACGACCCGUCCGGAACAAUGCGCAUGCGAGGAGGUACUUCUCUGCUGCAAAGGGUUUUUGGGGCUCGGAUGAAAAAAAAGAAAUCCGCGUUAGGAGCAGCCACCGGGUGCAUAGACUGCGGUGGAAAAAAAAAAAAAGUGAUGCUUCGAGGCUGGCAGUACCUCUGCAGACCCACCAGAUGGCAACUGUGGGAAGGAUGCCGAGCAGGACAAGAGAGGAAAAACUCCGUCAGGAGGGGUUAGGGCUUCCUCUAUGGAGGACCCGUCCGGAACAAUACGCAUGCGAGGAGGUACUUCUCUGCUGCAAAGGGUUUUUGGGCCUCGGAUAUAAAAAAAAGAAAUCCGCGUUAGUAGCAGCCACCGGGUGCAUAGCCUGCGGUGGAAAAAAAAAAAAAAGUGAUGCUUCGAGGCUGGCAGUACCUCUGCAGACCCACCAGAUGGCGACUGUGGGAAGGAUGCCGAGCAGGACAAGAGAGGAAAAACUCCGUCAGGAGGGGUUAGGGCUUCCUGUAUGGAGGACCCGUCCGGAACAAUGCGCAUGCGAGGAGGUACUUCUCUGCUGCAAAGGGUUUAUGGGUCUCGGAUAUAAAAAAAAGAAAUCCGCGUUAGUAGCAGCCACUGAGUGCAUGUAAGUCAGUGGACCGGAAUCCGGCCACCUGCCCUGAAUUGUGUUUAACAUGAUUAUCAAUAUCAAUGUUUAGAAAGUUCGCAGUGUGCUUCCGUAUUGAUAGAGGCUAAGCAUAUAGCCUAAACGUUGACGUAUAGCACACAUAGAACGCAUUGGCAAACAUACACAGACUGAUUUCACUGUUAGAAAACUGAUGUAAUGUUUGUAUAAAUUUAUGAAACAAGUGUGUAUAUAUAAAACGAUAGUUGUUCAUGAAGACAAGAAACGUUCUUGAACACUUUAUUAGGACACCUGGACUGUACAGAAUAGACUUUGUAUAAUAGGCACAACAGGUGCCUUUAUAAAAAUUAUAAAAAGACAUUCCGCUGCUUGCCAAACACGAGGAAAACGGGAAGAUGGGGCGGUAUUGGGAGGAUGAUGAGGACUGGGCGGACGCCCGGUACAGGGGGCGCCGCAGGCCUACACGAGGCUUCUGGGGGCGCGAUGGCGUGGCGCAGGGGUGGGUCGAUGUCCGCAGGCACACACACGCAACAUUCCAGCCCUCACCCGAAAUCGCCCCUCCGCGCGCACGGGGACGAGGGGGAACGCGAAAUCUCAUGUCUUC